UUUUUUUUUUUGGUAAAAAUGUUAAGAUAUUAUUACCAAGUUUUUAAUUUGUGACAGAAAUACAUAGAUAACAAGAAGCAGAAUAAGAAAAAUAAAAUCCUAAACACACACUCGAUCGAGUAGCGAUAGACAAGCAAACACGACCACCACAACCACAGUCCCAAGACACAACUUAGUCCGCACCAACAGCUUGCCGCAAAAGGAUGAGCCAAGUUCAACCGAGAGUCGGAACCCAGUAAUUUUGGCCUCCCCGGUGAUCCGCUCUUAAAGAUAAUGACCCACCCGAAAACAGCUUGCCGAGCGCCUCAAAGAAAUGCCCAUACGAACAUCAGCAACAGCAGCGGUGCAACUCACCCACAACAUCCAAAUCGAGCAAUUAUUAGACCCGGAAACGGCCUGUACACUGCGCCGAACCGAGCAAAGUGGGCCGCCACCUCUGCUAUCCCUAAUCAGAGCCCAAACCUGCACACAACUGCCCCGCACACCACCACAAGAGGCUCAAUCAAACCUAUGAAGUGCUGGGAUGUGAGCGAAGACCGAGCGUUCGAUGCGGCGAUCAAAGACACGAGAACCACCACACGCCCAUAGCCGUCGAGAACCGACGAACCGAAAUUGGCGCUGUUAGAACCACCAAUUGCGACCGCAAAGAUGGAAGUAGAACCAGGGCUCAAACCAACCCAACAGUCCCCGACUUCCACAACAAACUAAAGCCGGCGACAUUGGGGAGAGACAAUUAGGGACCACGAACAGGAGGUCCGAAGGUGAGGAGUCGAAGCUCACGGCCACUGAAGCAGCAUAGACGACCGCCCUUUAAACCGCAAGCAAGACCUACGCGAGCCGGCCACUGAGCUCGAGCACCAACCCGCCUGCGUGCUCAACCCCACAACCCGCCGCCAUGGUAAUAGGACCCACCAGCACACACCCCGGCGAAAGGAAAAGGACCCAGACUCGACGAACCAUCGAGAACCUAGAGCAUCCUCUCGAACCCAAUGGCUUCCUUGACCAGAAACAGCAAGCCACCGCCGAACCAGAGAAGCCACACCGUCCCUCCCACUUGCGGACAGAGAGAAGUCAGACAAGAUCUAAAGGGAGAAAAUCGAUCUUGAACCACAACCCAAAAAUCCGACUGCAACAACUUCCAAUCGCUCAUUCUUCUCGCCGGAAUCACAGAUAAAGAGGAGAGGCCAGCGGAGAAGAAACUCCUCUGCAGCAGAGCACACCCCGACACCAAACCCUAGCCCACGACGCCGCACAUAUCGAAGGGGAGCAGACUGGAGAAGCGGCAGCAAAGCGAGAAAACCUAGAUUAGAAGGAGAGCCCUCCGGUCUCCGGUACGCGCCGCCACGCGCCGUCCGGGCCGGAGGAAACGAGAUUUACUUUUUUUUGCCUGCAAGAGAUAAGGUCGGGGAGAGAGGGGAGAGAGGAGAGAGGUCAAGUUAUUUGUUUUUUUAACUGCUACGUUGACACAUACGAAACACAAAUGUAUAUUAAUAUUAAUGACUUGACUUGACCAUGUCAAACAUGCCAUACUCUCUUGCCCUAUAAAUAGUAAGCAUUAAUCCUUCACAAACAACACACAAAAUAACAAAUCUUUAAGCGCAUUGGCAUAUAACCUUCUGUCUGAAAUGAAGGUUUCUCAGUCUAUCAUCACUAUUAUGACUUUAGCAUUGGUCAUGCCCUUUGGCAAUGCUUAUGAUCCAAGUCCUCUCCAAGACUUCUGUGUGGCCGUUAAUAACCUCAAUAAUGGUGUCUUCGUAAAUGGUAAAUUCUGUAAGGAUCCGAAGCAAGCAAAGGCCGAAGACUUUUUCUACUCAGGCCUCAACAUGGCUGGCAACACUGAUAAUAAAGUCAAAUCCAACGUAACAACAGUGAAUGUUGAUCAAAUUCCAGGGCUAAACACUAUGGGAAUAUCCUUAGUUCGCAUAGACUAUGCGCCAUACGGCCAAAACCCACCCCACACGCACCCACGUGGCACUGAGAUCCUUGUCCUAAUCGAGGGAACAUUAUAUGUUGGUUUUGUCUCUUCCAAUCAAGACAAUAACCGUCUAUUCGCCAAAAUUUUGCACCCCGGGGAUGUGUUCGUGUUCCCAAUAGGAAUGAUCCAUUUUCAAGUGAACGUCGGAAAAACUCCCGCGGUGGCCUUUGCAGGAUUAAGUAGCCAGAACGCUGGUGUCAUCACUAUCGCAGAUACUGUGUUUGGAUCAAACCCUCCGAUUAAUCCAGAAGUUCUUGCUCAAGCGUUCCAGUUGGAUAUCAAUGUUGUCAAAGACCUUGAGGCAAAGUUUAAGAACUGAAUUUAAGUCAUUAAGAGUGUAUCGUUGUAACACUCAAAACAAUAAUGUAAUACGAAUUAAAAGUUAUACUACUUAAUAAAA